AUGCCUACACCCGAGUCGGAGCUGUUUCUGCGCCAGAAACCCAAGGUCCCCCCAACGUUCCAGGGCGUCGAUUUCCAAGACAAUGAAGCAGUCGCCGAUGCAAGAGAUGCAAUUGUUCGAGAACAAUGGGUUCAGAGGAUGAUGAAGAGGUUGGUGGGAGAGGAAAUGGACCGUUAUCUCCAGCUCCUCAAGUCGACGCGCGAAGCCGGUUUCCGCGGCCAGCAACAGAACUACAUCCCUGGUGUAGAUGGUCCCGCAGGUGGCCCAGAGGUUCACACAGACUACCCGAGCGCCCAACAGGCCAAGGGUUCCAGAGGAUCAGAUCUCAGACCUGGCAACACGACAGGAAAGGGCGGCGAUGCAUUGUACUAA